UUUUUUAUAAGUCAUUGCCAUAUUGAACAUAAAAUACAAUAAAAUCAAAUCGGUUAAUGUCUGCAUUAGUUUUAGCUGUACUUCACUAACAUUUUUGUUUAUGAAUUCACCCAAGCUAGAAAGAACAGUUUUAAAACAGGCAAAGUCAAUUUUUUCAUGUAUUCAGCAUCAAUUCUUCAUGUACUCAGCAGCAACAUUUACAAAUUUAAAAAGUGCCAGUGAUAUUCUUUAUAAAAUGAGAUGUCUGAUUUUAUGUACAAAAGAGUGUGUAAGGUCACACACUGUUUAGAGUGGCCAUUUCAUUCUGUUUUUUUUUUUUCUCUAUUUGUAUAUAGUAUAAAGUAUUGCUUUUGUAUAAAAAGUAUCUGAUUUCCUAGCUGAUCUCAGCCUGCAUGGCUGUAACUGUACAAGGAGUACAGUAUACUCUUUAAAGAGUUUUCUGUUACAACAGCUCUCAAGCUGCAGACUUGGAUGCCAGUUUAUGCUCAGUUCAUUCUGAUUUCUGAUCUAUAGAGCUCACCUUUAGCCUUGCCAUGUUAGUACAGCAGACUUCUGUGACUGGUUGUGUUCUACAGUCAGUUUAUGACACUACAGAUUCAUUCGUUUGGUUGGUUUUACAGAUUGCAUGCAGCAUGCAAACCGGGAGGUAGUUUAUUGAUGUUCUCUUUGUUCUCUUGGUUAGGACAGUUCAAAUAACUCAAAAAAAAAAAAUGGAUACAAGGGCAUUUCUACAUAGUAAUGCAUUUUAAGCUCACAUGAUAACAAGAACAUUCACUUGCAUGUUUAAUAUUGUUUUUAUGCAUUACAUUGUAUUCAUCAACAAUCUCAGUAGUCUAGCAAAUAUCGAGCAAAUAUCGAUCUGUUUGCUUUCUGGGUUCUUUUUCCUUUUUUUUUCUUGAAACAACUGAGAUGUAUUGAUUUGUUACUGUUAUUACAACAGAUCCAUUGUAUGCCUUUCUUAAUACCUAAGACCUAAAUAUUUAUUUAUAUCAUUUUUUAAACAUGUAGCUAACCUGUUUUUCAAAGCAAUCAUUUACCAUCUGUAGCACAAUAAUGAUAAUGUCACUCAAUAAAAGGUUGAGGAAAAAAAAUUAUGCUUGGUGUUGACUAUUACUUUGCUAUUCUCUAACCAAAUCUAGGAUCAUUUUCAGUUUAGGCUGAAAGCUGCCAUUGCGGCUGGGAAAGCAGGCCUUCAGUUUGUUCCAGUUUGGGUUAUCUUUUUGGUUCACUUUAUAAAUUAUUCCAUGAAGAUUCUCAUUGUCUGGAUCAUUAGCAGUUUGCAGCUAUUGGUUGUAUAGGUCGCAGUUCUUUUCAGCCAAGGCACUUGCACUGAGGUGGCUGUGGUCAUCUUGGAAGAAGCAGACACUUCGUGAAGACAGAGAGAAGCUCAGGGCCAUCAUAGCUAGGCUGGAGAAUAGUGGAAACUGACCUUUAAGCUCCAUUGGAUUCUUUAGUUGUUUCAGUCACUACUGAAGGAUCCACUAUAUCCACUGUGCUUUGUUUGUAGUUGCUAAACCCAGCAACAUUAUUGGUUGAGAUGCCAUGGAUGUUGGAUAGGAACUGUCUUCCUCCACAUUAUUUCCGUCAUUCUCACUGGAAAUAUUUCUUAGGAGAGCCUCUGAUCCAGCUACAGAAUAACAGGAGGAGAUUACAAGUUGUGUUUUGGUUCAGUGUGUACUCUGUGUUUCAAAUCAUACAUAUUCAAAAACACAUUGGUAGUUGGAUUGGCUACUCUACAUUGCCCCAGUUGAGGAUGUGAAUGCCUGUGUGUGCAUGGUGCCCUACAAUGGACUGGUGUCACAUUCAGGGUGCAUUCCUGCCCCAUGAACUGUGUUCCCAGGAUAGGCUCCAGAGCCACAGUGACCCUGACCAGGAUAAAGCAGUUAACGGACAUGAAUAGAUACAUGAAAGUCCUUUAUGCACACUGAUAUGCAUCUAAAUGCAAAGAUUUUAUAUCAGAGGCUACCAUUAUCAUAGUCCCUCUCCAGCAUGAUGACUUGCGGAGGAUCGAGCUGUUGGGGCAAAAUUCAUUAUCGUCAUCACCAUCAUCCGUGUCCAUUAAAAUUACAUGUGGAGUGAAAUGCUGCUAUGGACAUACUUAAUCACCAUCAUCAUACAACUAUGAUUACAGCUGGAGAGGAAGAGUUGCCUUGAACAGAACUCUUCAUCAUCAACAAAACCAGACCAAUCAAGAUCAUCCAGCAAGUUCAGUGGCUCUUGUGAAGCUUGAUUAAGUGCAGCAUAUGGCUUGCAGUUGCAGAGGAGUGGAGUCCACUUCUAUGAGGGACGCAUUUCAGGGCUCUUGUCGCUUCACCAUGUUAAUUGCAGUGCAAUGUGUGCAAUUACUACCAAAGUAAAAAAAAAAUGUAGUAUACGAAUUUCUGAUUGUUUGAGUUUGACGGACACAACAUAAACAAUACAUUGACAUACACUGACAUAGCUCAGUAUUUCUCAGUCUGGGGAUCCCAGGUGGGUCCACAUUUUUCUCACUCACAGCUUUAAUUAUGCAGCCAUAGACAGUAUGUACCAUUACUGGGGUCCACACAGCCGACAGGAAUAACAAGGAACACCUUGCAAACAAUGCAUCUAGGACAAAACUAGGUCGUUUCCAACUAUCCAUAAACAUACAGAAACAAGCCCUUAAUGUUGCACUUUAAGGUUAGAGACCCAAGAGCUGAACUAAAGAGUUAAUGAGUGCUCUAAGUUAUCUGGUUCUGAGAUUGGAUAAGCUUGUAACCAGCACUACUACAGGGUCUAGCGGUCAGAACUGGUUUCUCCCAUUCAAAUCAAACCAAAUAUCUAGGAUUUUGAUUAUGUGAAACUUCAAGCUGAAGCAACAGAUUAAUGCUGGGCCCUACACAGAGUAUGAUCUGGAGGAGCAUCUCCAGAGAUACAAACCAAUUACAGCUCUUCUUUGAGCUGAAGAGGGCACAGUGCCACCACAAAAUGUACUAUAACAACAUGUCAUCUGAGAGCACUCCUGCCAGCUACUUUCACUGGACAGUAGCUGCUCAAAAAGUCGCCAAAUGUCGCUGGGUGACGUCAUGCGCUAAUUAGCAUAUUCGUGACGCCAUCGCGUCGUCUUUGCAUUCUGCCUAGUGUCAGCUUUUUACGUGUGUUUGCUUCUCUCCUGCUGUUUGUACUCACAUACUGUACUUUAAUACAGCCAUAUUCCCUAUAAAGCUGUUUUCAUUUACAUAUUUUUCUGCUUCUGUUGUCAGACAAUGACAGAGUAUGAAAUAGUGACUGAAACGCGGCUCAUUGAGACUACAUGGUAACCGGUAGUCACUUCCAAGCCAUUUCCUAGCUGCUGCUCUGCACUGCUAAAAUCCUGAUUUAUAUUUGUCGCUAGGCUCUGAAAAAAAUCGCUAAAUUUGUCGCUAGGCUCUGAAAAAAAUCGCUAAAGGGGUCUGAAAAGUCGCAAAGUUGGCAACAAUGCCAGACAGACAGUGGGUGAACAUCCCCACAUAUUUAUUUCCGCCCUCUUGUGGUUACAGCAGGAAUAGCAGCAGCAGCAGCAGCAGCAAUAGAAGCGCGCAUGGCGUCUUUUGGCCGCUAGGUGUCGCGCUGCAGCGCCGCUCUCUGUGACUCUCUGUGACUGAGGAGCUUCCGUCAGGUUGCCAGGCGCUCAGAGAGCAGCGACAGCACAGCGCCGUCCAUCUCCAGCUUCAUGCCACAAUGACACACAUCCCGCGAAUAUUUCAACACAAAAGGAGUCAGAACAAGCGCACAAGGUCUAUGUGAAAGCUGUUCCUUUGAAAGAGAAUGUAUCUAUCUGGGUGGACAGAGGUCUCUAGCCACACAGCGAGCUGCUCUGCCAUUUGAAGCUCUCUCUAUGGUGCGAAGUGACUCUGUGGCCAUGGGGAAUGGUUCUAUCAAAGCCCCUCGGCUGGAGGAGACAUGCUUGGCCUCAGGUAUUAAAGAGUCACCGGUGUGGGAGUCAUCGGAGCAGCUGAGGCUGAGGAUAGCCUGGCUCGAGGAGGAGCUUACCCGCCGAGACCAUGAGCUAAGAGCCCAGGAGCUUCAGCUGCAGGCUCUACAGAGGGAGCUCGAGGCCAAAGUGUCUCAGAUCGACAAGCUUCAGGAUGCCAUCGGCUACAACAGCCUGGGCCGCUCUCCACCAGCGAGGCACAGUCACAGGCUGCUCAGCGUCAUUAAUCAGGGCUCAACACGCUUCCACAGGGUGGCUGUAGAGGUUCACCGCCGACUCAAAGCCAAGGAAGGGGUUUCUGCUGAGCCUACAUCUGGAAAAUUCUACAGUGGCCACAGGGUCCAUCAUGUGUCUACAGAGAGAACACGUAUCCGGAAAGACUCAGGCACCAAGAGACUGAUCAAUGAGGCCAUCAUGAACAACGACUUUCUGAAGAAGUUAGAGCCUCAACACACACGAGAGAUGGUGGACUGCAUGUAUGAGAAAAUCUUUGCUGCCAAUCAGGUGGUGAUCCAAGAAGGAGAGCCUGGGAACUACCUCUAUGUGCUUGCAGAGGGCUUUUUGGAGGUGAUGCAAAAUGGGAAGCUCCUGGGGCAGAUGCGGCCUGGAACAGCUUUUGGAGAAUUGGCCAUCCUCUACAACUGCAAGAGGACUGCCACUGUUAAAGCUGUGACUCAGUCCCACAUCUGGGCCCUGGACCGGCAGAUGUUUCAGAGCAUCAUGAUGAGAUCCACUCAGGCCAGACACGCAGAGUACUUCAGCUUCCUGCGCAGUGUGUCUUUAUUGAAGGACUUGCCAGAGGAGAAACUUGCCAAAAUUGUUGACUGUUUAGAAAUUGAUUAUUUUGACAAAGGGGAGUACAUUAUUCGUGAGGGUGAGGAAGGGAACACUUUCUUCAUUAUAGCUAAAGGAGAGGUAAGAUUCUGUAUAAAGAAGGAUGAACACUCACUGUCACUUUUUAAAAUCUUUUUUGUAUGUAACAUGCCUCAAAAAAUAUUCCUAGAAUUUACUGCUGUAAAAUGUGCAUAUAUUUAUCUGCAUGUAGUAUAUGUAUAUGUAGUAGAAGUCUACAUAUUGUUGGUACAGGUUUCAGUAACUCAGAGCACAGAGGGCUUUCCUGAACCACAGGAGAUUAAGACCCUGGGAGUAGGAGAUUACUUUGGAGAAAAAGCUCUCAUAAGUGAGGAUGUUCGUUCAGCUAAUAUCAUUGCAAAGGAGAAUGACACCCAGUGUUUGGUGGUGGACAGAGAUAACUUUAAUCAGAUGGUGGGCACUUAUGAGGAGCUGCAGGCAUAUCUGCGGGAGUAUGUGGCGCAGCUGUCUAUAAAUGAUGAGAGGAGAAAUGCAGCAACCCAGUCUCCUCUGCGUGAGCGAGGCACAGAGGCAGCUGAGCUGCGCAAUCUGCGGGAGAAAGCCAUGCGACUGUCCAGUAGCUCUUUCUUACGUGAGCUGCAAAUUGUGGCCACGCUAGGCAUGGGAGGCUUUGGCAGAGUAGAGCUGGUGAAGCUCAAAGGUGAAGAUACUGCUUUUGCUUUGAAGUGCAUUAAGAAGAAGCAUAUUGUUGACACUAAGCAGCAGGACCACAUCUACUCUGAGAAAAACAUUUUGCAAAUGACCAACUGCAACUUUAUAGUCAGAUUGUUUCGUACAUUUCGGGAUAAUAAAUAUGUGUACAUGCUGCUUGAGGUCUGUCUUGGUGGAGAGUUAUGGAGCAUUCUCAGGGACAUGGGUUUCUUUGAGGAGGCCACUGCACGAUUCUGUAUUGGUUGUGUACUGGAGGCCUUUGAUUACCUGCAUGGAAUGGGUGUUGUUUACCGAGACCUGAAGCCAGAGAAUCUACUUCUGGAUACAGAGGGCUAUAUCAAAAUGACUGAUUUUGGCUUUGCAAAAAGAAUUGGUUUGGGAAAGAAAACCUGGACAUUCUGUGGAACUCCAGAAUAUGUGGCCCCUGAGGUCAUCAUGAAUAAAGGCCAUGAUUUUGGAGCCGACUGCUGGUCCUUAGGGAUCCUCAUUUUUGAACUCCUCACUGGCAGCCCUCCUUUCUUAGGAUCUGAUCCUAUUAAGAUCUACACAAUGGUGCUGCAUGGCAUAGAGAAGGUUGACUUUCCCAAGAGGAUCAGCAAGCGCCCAGAGGACUUGAUCAGGAGGCUUUGCAGGCUCAAUCCUGCAGAACGACUCGGCAAUAAGAAAAAUGGCAUCAUUGACAUCAAGAAACACAAGUGGUUUCAGGGCUUCAACUGGGAGGGACUGAGACGACGGAAGCUGACAUCUCCGCUGAAGAGAGAGCUAAAGGGGCCUCUGGAUCACAGUCAUUUCGACAUGUUUCCUCCUGAGGUGGAGGAGCCUCCUGAUGAACUUUCUGGGUGGGAUAAGGACUUCUGAGAGUCUGCUGUUUUAUUAUACCAUGACUAAACCUGGCUUAGUGAAACCACACAGAAGAGCUGAAAGAAUAUUCAGAAUUACAAAAUGAACAAAAUGUGUGUAUUAAUACACAUUUUAACAACUAAACACUGUUCAUUAUGUCUCUGUGUAGACUCUAAAACACAAAGCAAACUGAUAAAUGCUAUGACAGUUGAGUAGGAGUUGCUCCUGCUGUGGAAUACAACCAGGCAACAAUUCAAGGCCAGACGCAUGAUGACUACUAACACCACAAAUGAUGGAAUGACUGCUUUAACAAUCUUUAAUGAGAAAGAAAGAAGGCAAAAAAACAGUUUUGUGAUCUAAUUACUUUAAUCACUAACAAAAACUUAGGUGCCAAAAGUUUUUUAAACUAAGAUUUUCCUAUUAUUUAAAAUACUAACUGAAACGUAUGUUUCUUUCUUUUUUCCAUAUAGCAUUUUAGUAAGGACUUUUUUACUUGGAAACCAGAUCUUCCCUGAGAGGUGCUUCUUAUCAAUGAGAGGCAGUGCUCUACUCGUAAUUGUAUUGUCUGCCAUUCAGUAAUCCUCAUAUCAGUGUCUCUUGUUAGUCUUCAAUUUAUAGUAUUAUAUCUAUGGUAAAAUCAGCUUCAUUCAAUUUCUUUCCUGGAAUUGAUUUUAUAAUAUGUGUUGUACUGGAGAACUGAAUAUUUUUAAAUUGGGUUCUACACAAGUCUAAAGAAAAGGGCGGUAGUUAAUAAAAUUUUUGUAUGGACAAUAUAAUGUCCAGGAGAAAAUAAAAAUUAUAAUUACUAUAAUAUUAUUCUUUGAAUCUAAUAUAAUGUCUUUUCUUGUAUGACUUACCUAUAAAUGCACAGCUAUGGCAACUUUAUUAUUGUUUAAAAGACAAUAAAAUAUUCUAUUGCUUUCUUUUACACUAUAA